AUGGGCUCCAACGGCAACCUUUCCCCGCUACCUCCCGCUUCCUCGCCAUCCCUUAUCCUCGCCCAGCCCACCCAGGGCGAGCGCGACCGUACCGCUCGGCAUACCUAUCCGAACUGGGGCGGCGCCCUGACUGAGGACGGCUACCUACAGCGCGAGACAUAUCUUACCACCGUUCCGCUCGCCCGCGAUGGCGGCAUCACCCACUGGAUUUUGACAGUCGACGGCGGGGUACCGGACGAGCGGCCGAUCCUGUCGUCGUGCGAGAGCCUGCGAAAGAGGGCUGUGUAUGCACGGCCGAGUGGGAAUGGAGAGGGGGAGAGGGUGGUGGUCGAGGGCGUGGCGCACGGAAUUGCGAGCGUGUUUACCGAGCCGGCGUUUCGUGGGAAGGGAUAUGCGAGCAGGAUGAUGAAGGAGGUCGGCGAAAAGUUGGAGGGGUGGCAGGCGCGUGCCGCGGGGGCAGCAGAGGAGAAGAAGGGCGUCGAGGCCGUAGAGAAGGGUAGUUCGUUGUUCUCGGUGCUGUACAGUGAUAUUGGCAAGACGUUCUAUGCUAAGAAUGGGUGGGCUCCGUUUGAGAGCACGCAUGUGUCGAUCAAGCCAGUGAAGGGGGCGGCGCCGACGGAAGGACAGGGAGUCAAAGUUCUCGGAUACCACGAGUUGGCGGAAUUGUGUGCGGCGGACGAGAAGCAGUUACGGGCGGACCUAGCGCGCCCUGGGGGUUCCAGGACCAAGGUGGCGAUUCUGCCUGAGUUGGAUGCGAUGCUGUGGCAUCUUAUGCGCGAGGAUUACAUGACCAAGGCCAUCUUUGGAAAAACACCAACUAUCAGGGGUGCCGUGACCGGCGAGGCUGGGAAACGAGUUUGGGCGAUUUGGAUGCGGGGUUAUUAUGGCGGGCUAAAGAAACCAGAGGGCAACGUCUUGCAUGUCUUGCGGGUUGUGGUCGAGGGCCCUGAGCAACCUGAGGAGACGUUGGCAGAUGGGCUCCGGGCGAUUCUGCAGAUUGCGCAACACGAGGCAGCCGAGUGGAGGACGGAAGACAUUCAGAUCUGGAACCCCAACCCCAAGUUGCGAUCUGUGAUUGACAAGACUGGAAUUCAGUACCAACUUGUCAACCGGGACACGGACAGCAUUGCGAGCUUGAGAUGGUAUGGCGAGAAAGAGCAAACCUCGGAGCUGGAUUGGGUGGCUAAUGAGAAGUUUGCGUGGUGCUGA